AUGGGGGAGCGGGGCGGCGAUGGGGGCAGCGAUAGCGAUGAGACUGUGGUGGAGGGCUCGGUGCUGGAGAGCGACGUGGAGGGAGAGGAGCUGCAGAGCCGAGGAUGUGUAAAGCAGCAGUGUGCUUCCCUGCUUGAGGCCUCCUCGCUGGUUUACAAGAUCAGGUUAUCUUUUUUAAACAAGGAUGUGUCAACUGAAGUAAGAAUUGCUGAAGGAGGCACCUCUCCAGAGAUUGGUUUUAUGCAUAAAUUUCGUGAUGAUCCAUAUACUUUGAAGGAAGAAAAUCAGAUAAAUCCAGUGCCUCAGGAAACAAAUGAAUCUGACCAAUCUCAGUCUCUACUGCAGGGUUGGAUAAACUGUCUGUCAGUUUCUGAAAAUAUUCCUGAUCCUCCUUAUUCACUGAACACUGCAGUAGGGAGCCAGCCAAAUAAUUCUGUAGAUUUAAAUACCAAAGUGGUUGGAUUUCUGAAAGAUUCAGAGGAAAAGGUAUUAACUGAUGAUCAUCUGUUUCCAGAAACAAACCUGUGUCUAGAUGCAAUUCUGGAGGAGCUAGUAGUGUUUCCAAAAGAACAGACACUGCAAGAGAUAUUUCCACAGGUUUUGGAAGAUUGCCAGAGAACGAACAUGACCAUUACUGACACAGAUAACACAGUAAAAGAACAUUCCCUUAAUAAUGAUACUGAUCUCUCAUUGACGUCCUUAGGGAAGAUUUUCCUGGAAGUAUUCUCUGAACAGAGUGCAGUGACGGGUGAAUUUGAAAUCAGUGAUUUGUUCAAACCUCUCAGUGGCUCAGAGAGUCCUAAAAUGAUAGCCCCCUUGCUUGACUUGUUAGAGUGUCAGGGUUAUGUGUCACCCUUCGAUACUCUAGCAGAUGAGAAGAGCGAUGCCCUGCCAGCCGAGCUGGUGACAGCUCUGAACUCCUGCUCAGGACCUGCAGUGCCGAGCCAGAGGCAGCUUAGUGCUGAGGAAGAGCAGCUAAAUUCGGAGCCCCGUGUUCCCCAGCUGCAUGAUGACUACACACACCUAACUAACAUGUGUGAGCCUCAGCUUGCCACACUGCAGCUGGAAGAACUAAAAGCCAUAACAGGAUCUAACUUGCAGAGGACAAUGAAUGAGCAAGUACAUAUGCCUUCUGUAUAUCUUGUAUGUUAUGCAUAUCUUAGAAUAUUUUAUAGAAUUGUCAAAACACUGGAAGAUUUUGUAGAUGAUCAGCAGAGAGAGAAAGAAGCAAUUUCAGGUUAUUGGUGUGGCAACGUGUAUGAAAAACCUGCUGGGGAGGGAAUUUCAUAUUUGGUGGAACCCAAUUUGUGUGCAGAAACUACCAAAGCAACAUCAGGGAGAGCCAAGCAGUUACGAGGGACCUCUUCAAGAAAAUGCAGAAGUCGUGAUUCCAGUUGUCACCAAAUACCUCAGAGGACUUCUAACAGUGGCAACACAACCAGAAACAAAGCUAAGGAUUUUGAAAAAAAUCAGAAGUCUAAUGCCAAGCAGGAUCUAGAAACCAACGUAUGUCAAAAGAUGAUAAUUCUGAAUGAGAAUAAAAAUACUGAGCAAACAAGGAGAAGUAAAAGAAUCAAAACCAAAAUGAGACUUGAGGCUUCUAUUAGGAAUUUGAUAAAUCCUAUUUUACCCAUUCCACGAUGCAGAAUAAAUAGGAAGAAUAUUUUUGGAGAGACCUUACUGCAUAAAGCUGUUGCUGAUAAAGAUAUAGACCUUGUGCGUGAUAUAAUAAAGUCUGGUGCCAAUGUAAAUGUUCAGGACUAUGGGGGCUGGACUGCACUUCAUGAAGCAAGCGUGGAAGGUCUUUAUAGGAUAGCGAACGAGCUUUUGAAAGCAGGAGCUGAUGUUGAUGUUCGAGCAAGUGAAAAAAUAACACCCUUGCAAGAGGCAGUCAGAGAAGGUCAUUAUGAGUUGGCAGAGUUAUUACUGUGGUAUGGAGCUGACCCUUUAUUAAAAAACGAGAUGGGAAGGUGUGCGUUAGAAGAAGCUUCUGACCAGUCUAUGAGGAAACUACUCAAAAGCUAUAUAAGCAAAUCUGGAAGAUGUUUAGAAGAGAUACCAGCUGGGGAGGAUGCUGAGAAUACAUUAAGUGCUCAAAGUUCAGACAAUACCAGCCUGCACCAGAUUUCUUCACAGGUAGAUGAAUCAGAAUCAGCAUGUGCAAAUCUUAGUGAUUCAGACAGCACAGAUAUAUCCCAGCAGACUAUUGCAAAUGGGGUGCAAAACAUUUUUACAAAUAUAUCUGAGGAAGGAACCUAUUGUACUGAACAAACAUUUCAGACAGCUUCAGAAACACUGUUAGCACACGAAGCCGUAGGGGCUGCCAGUAGAGAAGGUAUUUCCAAAAGUCCUGUAAAUCCCAGCACUGGAAUGCUAAGCUCUAGUAAACAAGAAGACCAACAACCAGAGGAGUCUGCAGCUUUACAACUCCCAGAAAAGGAAGCUCUUCAAAGAAAGAGAGAGGAUCUUCAGAAGAUCAACCAAAAAGCAGAUUUGCAUUUUGGUAUUAACACAAACAAGUCUCCUUAUUCUGCUCAGAUUAUGCACAAUACCGAGCAGGAACCCUCCCGGAAGACAGAUAAAGGAGAGUUUGCUGAAAUAACUGGAACAGAACAUGCUGAAAAAAACAAAGAAGAAAGGAAUGCAGAGAGUGAUGUGCUCUCACAGUUUACUGAAACGGAGACAAUCCAAACUAAAAGAGUAAAAUUAGACUCUCAGGAGACAAGCCAAAAGACAGAUUUGUGUUCCAGUGGCAGGAAAAACAAGUUUUCAUUGAAUCAAUCACAGUUCAAACAAGGAUCAAAACAGCAAACAUCUAAGAAACCAGAAUCGGCAAAAACAGAAGCUCUGGUUUCACAUAUGGCCUAUCGAACGAGAGCUUGGACAAAGAAAAGAAAUGCAAAAGGAGAAAAUCGGCUACAUAUUGCUGCUAUGAGAGGAGAUUUGUCUUUGGUGAAAACUCUAAUAUCAUCUGGAAUUUGUGUCAAUGAAAAGGACAAUGCAGGCUGGACAGCAAUUCAUGAAGCUUCUGUCAGGGGAUUCACUGAAGUGAUGUCAGAGUUGCUGGAAGCUGGUGCUGAUAUUAACUGCAGAGGUCUGGAUGGUAUUUUGCCAAUACAUGAUGCUGUUUCUGCCAACUCUUUGGAGGCAGUGAGAAUUCUACUGCAGCAUGGAGCAAAUCCCCAUGAGAGAGAUGAUUUUGGCAAAAAUGCCCUGGAUAAAGCCUGUGAUGAUGAAAUGAGAGAACUGCUUAAGUCUUACGGUGCUAUUGACUCUGGACAUUCUGUUGAAACUGUUAGGGUUGCAAAGAGGAAAUGUAAUCAUCCUACUAGGUCAAGAAGAUCAAAAGUUAUUUGUAAUGACUGCUAUAAAAAUGGUGAUGCAGCUUUGGUGCCACAGUAUGAGAAACGCGGUGUGUCUGAUGCUGCCAUACAAGAUACUGUCCAGAAGCAAGAAGAACUGUUGCUGCUUGAACUGAGAUCUUCCAAAGAUGCAGAGGCAUAUAUCCAAAAACUGUCUCAGAUACAAGAUGCUUUGAAUGAAGUGCUUUCAAAACAGAAAAUGGAAAGGGAUACACUUGCUAAAAAAUACAGGGCUUCAGUGGAGUCUUUCAAAAAAGGAGCACUGAGAGAACAAUUAGUCAAGCUUGCUUCUAGGCAAAAAAGUCUGUUGAAUGUUGCCCAGAACCAGAAGAAAUUAGUCCAGAAAAUACAAAAUUACAGAAAAGAAAAGCAGGUGUUUGCAACACAUUCAAAGAAACAAAUCUCACACACACCUAUUUGCUAUGGAAAUAGUAAAGAACAAGAUUUAACUACUGAUAAAGUCACGUGUCCUGAUGUGGUUACAUUUAGUACAGGGCCUGGUGCCAGGAUGCCUAACGGCAACAGAGUAGAAGCAGAUCUCUCUUUAGAAAAGAGAUUUUCAGCUCAGGAAUGCAGCCAACAUCCAAACAGCUGUUUGGCUGAGAGAGGAGCAAAUAAAGAAGCAAUUAGAAGCAAAGAGGUUUCUGAUCAUGGUUUUGCAUCUGGAAACAGGGUAAGAGGAUAUCCUGUCAAUAUCCUGUCAAAGGUGACCAAUGUUGUAGAAGUGGGGACGUUACCUUCAGUUGCUGCUGCUGAAACAAAUCGCUUACAGCAAAGAGUCAUUGAUUGUGCAGCAGCUGCAGAUCCAGGGAACAAGUCUCCAAAUCCCACUGCAGUGGCCAACACAUUAAGCAUUUCAGAGGCCCAAAGCGCUGUCGUCAGUAACAGUAUCUGUCAGGCGAGCAGUGGCUGCGCGCGAGUUCCUCCUGCUGCGGAUCCACGCCGAGAUGGAAAUAAGAAGGACACUUCCCAGCAGCAGCAAGUGUUUGCAGCAACAUCCACGGAGAACUCUCUUAAUGCUCUGCAGGAAGUGACUUAUCAGAGCAGCGUUGACUCAUUUAAUGCCAACUUGGUGCUUACAAGUCUGGUCUCAAACACAGAUUAUCCAAUAAACCUCAGCCAGAAAUCUUCGCAGAGCAGUAGUAGUCAGCAGUGUGAACAAAAACAACUGAGGUGCAGAGGAAAUAAGAAAAAACUUCAGUUAAUUGAUCUGCUCCAGUUGGGAAGGAUUAAGCCAGGAGAAAAUGUUCUAGAAUUCAAACUUCAGGAAUUUAGCUAUAAAGCCACACUCUUAGAGAAUGGGAAGAUCAAAAUCAGUAACAGAAUACUUCAGAAUCCAGUUCAGUGGGUUAAAGAACUACUAGGAAAUGAUAUUUCAGUGACUUGGAAGUAUGUGUGGAAUAAGGUUACGUAUCUUGGGACGCAGUUGUCAAAUUUUCUUGUUGAAGAAGUGUCUGUUUCUAAUGACCUGGAAUUACCACAGAGCCAACAAAGAGAGCGUGUGGGCUCGCCGGUCCGGUUCAACUCAUUAGAAAAUCUGAUGCAUUUUCUUCUUUUCAAUGAGAUGGUAAUAGUGCAUAAAGAUGAGUUUCUACCAUGUCACAUAAUGGAAAAACACUGGAAUUUCUACAAAGAAUGUGAAGAUUUUGGAUUUUAAAAACUUCUUGCCUGCUGAGAGUCUUUUGCUCUCUUAAGAGUAAGCAUUUGAACUUUUAGAGUUAAGUGUUUUAUUACCAUCAUUUGAUAGAUCAUUUGCUCAGCACUUGGACUAAAAUCAAGACUCCUUAGAUAAAUGAGAAGCUGGAGGGUACUUUGUAGCAGGUAAGGAUAACUAUCAGUAGUGAGUUUUGUUCUGUAGGAUUAUGAAAUGUAGAUGUAGACAAGGACCUGUUAUGCACUGACAUUCCUUGAGAAUUGUAUUGCAUGCUGGUAAUUUUGUAUGAAACUCCACUGAUUUCCAUGGCUUCCUAGCUGGCCAUGCUCAGUGUGGCUCCAUGGAAGCAGUUAGGUAUCAACACUGAUAGUCACUUUUCACAUGUGACUUCAGGAGCAGUCGGCCUGAGCAUAUGCUCUCAGAAAUGCCUGCAGAUGUUUGUGCAAUAACAUAAGCUGUCGGGUUAGGCAAAAAUCAAAACAGGCAGCUUUGGAAAUCACAAGCAACUUUGCUUUACAUGAUAGGGUUAUGUGCAGACAUUUGAGAGCAGGUGUAUGCUGUGAGAGGUUAAAAGAAGGAUCUCUCAGGGAAAUUCCAUUGAUGUUCCAACCAAAUACAUCUGAUAGGCAAAAAAUGUGCUAGCAUAUGGCAGGAAAUACAAUGAGCUCAUUUCUGGUAAAUUAAUUUUUCAAUCUAAAAGCGUCUUCACCCUGAUCUCUGGAGGAUUCUGUUUGUUCUAAUUUUACGAUAUGUGAAUCUGCCUCAGUUACCUAUUGAUACACCUUUGACUGUCAUGAGAAUUAUCUCCACUCCAACUGCAUUCUCAUUCCUCCAUUAUCUGGAAUGUAAGGAGAGAUCACACCUACUUCUCCCCACUCCAGCGAAAGGGGUGAGGAACCUCUCCUGUCAAUAUGUAACAAGCUCAGCUAGCUAUUUGGAGUGGCAAGAGCUGCUCUGCAGGGAUUUUAUGAGUGUCUUAGGCAGAAGAAGGUUUAAGAAAGAGAGGAUUCUGAUGGGCA